GCGGGAGCAGACGUCUUCUCGCGUGUCGUCGUCGUCGUCGACCCCCGCAGGCUGGACAUGUGACACGUGACACGCGACAUGUGGCUGCGGUGCGGACAACUUGGCGGCAUCGUGUCACGCGUGUCGUGCCGCAAAGCACGCCGGGAAGUGUAGUCACGCGUGCGCACAGUGAUGUCGGCCAAGGACUAACAAGACGGUGUCGCCGAGGCUGGAGGCGCAGCGAGGCUCGUUUCCAUGGACAACACGUCCAUCAUUACUCAGCUCGCCAAGCCCAAAGACGAGGACAACAUCUGUCCCAGUCCCGACAAAGUGUCCAACAGCAGCCUGAAGAAGCAUCGCAGUCGCAGCAUUUUCAGUCCGUUCUUCUGCUGCUUCCGCCACUACCAUGAUCACCACGUGGAGGCGCCGCCCGCCAACAACAAGACGCACGCUCUGCCGCCGCCCCCCGAGGAGAACGGCGGUCCUCCGAAGCCUCCAGCCGAGUUCCUCCUGCCCGAGGUCAGUAUCGAAGACUAUGGCAGAAGCUGUGUGGUGAUCGACCUGGACGAGACGCUCGUUCACAGCUCCUUUAAGCCGAUCAGCAACGCGGACUUUGUGGUUCCAGUGGAGAUCGAUGGAAACGUUCAUCAGGUGUACGUGCUGAAGAGGCCACACGUGGACCACUUCCUCCAGAAGAUGGGGGAGCUCUUUGAAUGUGUCCUCUUCACUGCCAGCCUCGCCAAGUACGCCGACCCAGUGGCGGACCUGCUGGACCAGUCGGGGGUGUUCCGCGCUCGUCUCUUCAGGGACUCGUGUGUGUUCCACAGAGGGAACUACGUCAAGGACCUGAGUCGCCUGGGCCGGCAGCUCAGCAAGGUCAUCAUCGUGGACAACUCGCCCGCCUCCUACAUCUUCCACCCGGAGAACGCCGUCCCGGUCCAGUCCUGGUUUGACGAGAUGGCCGACACGGAGCUGCUGGAGCUGCUCCCCAUCUUUGAGGACCUCAGCAAGGAGGAAGACGUUUACAGCUUCUUACAGAGCCUGAAGGACAGGUAGCAGGCCACACCCACACACCCACACACCCACACACCCACACACCCACACACCCACACCCACACACACACACACACACACACACAUACACAUUCUUGUAUUUCUUAACCUUCUUGAGACCUGAGAAAAAGGCCUACCUCAUUAGGACCAGCCUUUCUAGAUAUAUAAAUAGGUGUAUUUACAACAUUAUUAAUAUAUACAUACUAUGCAAAUAUAAAAAAAAUCUUGUUUUGAAAAAUGAGUUGGAAUUUCACAAGAAAAGGUCACAAUUUCACAAGAAAAACUUAGAAUUUUGGCAGUAUUAUAAUAAAAGUUGUCAUUUUACUCAACGCAAGUCAAAAUGUUACAAGAAAAACUGAACAUUUGUGCAAUAAUAUGAUACAAGUUGGAAUUUAACUCAAUAACAGUCGCACUUUUACAAGAAAAGCUUCAAAUUUGGGCAAUUUUAUGAAAAGAGUCGCAAAUUUUACUCGACAAAAGUCACAAUUUUAUAAGCAAACUUAAACAUUUUGGCAAUAUCGUAAUAAUAAUUGGAAUUUUGCUGGGAAAAAUGAUGACAAAAGUCAUAAUUUUACUCAAAACAUUUCACUAUUUUAUAAGAACGUCAAAAAAAUUGGUAAAAAAAUUGCUUAAAAAUUGUGGUAAAAGUCCAAAUUUGAUGACAUUUGUCACCAUUUUGCAUAAAAAGUAAUAAUUUUACAAUAAAUAAAUAAAAAAAAAAAUAAUAAUUUCACGAGAAACAGAAGAAUAUGAGAAAUUGUGUUUAGUUGUGUGAUAUCAUGGGCGAUGCAAGCAGUCCUGCAGAGUGUUUCCUUGUGUGUGAUAUCAUGUGCGAUACAAGCGGUCCUGCAGAGUGUUUACUUGUUUGUGAUAUCAUGUGCGAUACAAGCACUCCUGCAGAGUCUUUACUUGUGUGUGAUAUCAUGUGCGAAACAAGCAGUCCCACAGAGUGGUUACUUGUGUGUGAUAUCAUGUGCGAUACAAGCAGCGUGUUUACUUGUGCAAAGCUGGACAGCCAGUUAACAUCUAAAUGUCCUCCAAUAAACACACAAUUUCUUCUAUUUUACUAAUGUCAUUUUCUAAAGGUAAACAUGCUAUCAGCUACACAACAGCUAAGCACACGAUAGCACACAAGCUAGACAUAGGUAAUAAUCAUUAAUUAAUUAUAGUUGCAUAUUACUUACACAUACAAAAAGUCUCCAAGGCAGAAACGUAUUAGAAAGUAUCCAGUAACCUUUCUAGAUAUAUAAAUAGGUGUAUUUACAACAUUAUUAAUAUAUACAUACUAUGCAAAUAUAAAAAAAGCUUGUUUUGAAAAAUUAGUUGGAAUUUCACAAGAAAAGGUCACAAUUUCACAAGAAAAACUUAGAAUUUUGGCAGUAUUAUAAUAAAAGUUGUCAUUUUACUCAACGCAAGUCAAAAUGUUACAAGAAAAACUGAACAUUUGUGCAAUAAUAUGAUACAAGUUGGAAUUUAACUCAAUAACAGUCGCACUUUUACAAGAAAAGCUUCAAAUUUGGGCAAUUUUAUGAAAAGAGUCGCAAUUUUACUCGACAAAAGUCACAAUUUUAUAAGAAAACUUAAACAUUUUGGCAAUAUCGUAAUAAUAAUUGGAAUUUUGCUGGGCAAAAUUAUGACAGAAGUCAUAAUUUUACUCAAAACAUUUCACUAUUUUAUAAGAACGUCAAAAAAAUUGGUAAAAAAAUUGCUUAAAAAAUUGUGGUAAAAGUCCAAAUUUGAUGACAUGUGUCACCAUUUUGCAUAAAAAGUAAUAAUUUUACAAUAAAAAAAUAAAAAAAUAAUCAUAAUAAUUUCACGAGAAACAGAAAGAAUAUGAGAAAUUGUGUUUAGUUGUGUGAUAUCAUGGGCGAUGCAAGCAGUCCUGCAGAGUGUUUCCUUGUGUGUGAUAUCAUGUGCGAUACAAGCGGUCCUGCAGAGUGUUUACUUGUUUGUGAUAUCAUGUGCGAUACAAGCACUCCUGCAGAGUCUUUACUUGUGUGUGAUAUCAUGUGCGAAACAAGCAGUCCCACAGAGUGGUUACUUGUGUGUGAUAUCAUGUGCGAUACAAGCAGCGUGUUUACUUGUGCAAAGCUGGACAGCCAGUUAACAUCUAAAUGUCCUCCAAUAAACACACAAUUUCUUCUAUUUUACUAAUGUCAUUUUCUAAAGGUAAACAUGCUAUCAGCUACACAACAGCUAAGCACACGAUAGCACACAAGCUAGACAUAGGUAAUAAUCAUUAAUUAAUUAUAGUUGCAUAUUACUUACACAUACAAAAAGUCUCCAAGGCAGAAACGUAUUAGAAAGUAUCCAGUAACCUUUCUAGAUAUAUAAAUAGGUGUAUUUACAACAUUAUUAAUAUAUACAUACUAUGCAAAUAUAAAAAAAGCUUGUUUUGAAAAAUGAGUUGGAAUUUCACAAGAAAAGGUCACAAUUUCACAAGAAAAACUUAGAAUUUUGGCAGUAUUAUAAUAAAAGUUGUCAUUUUACUCAACGCAAGUCAAAAUGUUACAAGAAAAACUGAACAUUUGUGCAAUAAUACGAUACAAGUUGGAAUUUAACUCAAUAACAGUCGCACUUUUACAAGAAAAGCUUCAAAUUUGGGCAAUGUUAUGAAAAGAGUCGCAAUUUUACUCGACAAAAGUCACAAUUUUAUAAGAAAACUUAAACAUUUUGGCAAUAUCGUAAUAAUAAUUGGAAUUUUGCUGGGCAAAAUUAUGACAAAAGUCAUAAUUUUAUUCAAAACAUUUCACUAUUUUAUAAGAACGUCAAAAAAAUUGGUAAAAAAAAUUGUGGUAAAAGUCCAAAUUUGAUAACAUGUGUCACCAUUUUGUAUUAAAAAGUAAUAAUUUUACAAUAAAAAUAAUAAUGAUAAUAAUUUUACGAGAAAAUAUUGCAAUAUUACAGAAACAGAAAGAAUAUGAGAAAUUGUUCCCAAUUUGAUAAGAAAAAAGUCGACACAUUGUGAGAAAAAGACUUAUUUUAGGUAUUUAAUUUUUUUUUUUUGAAUUGUUUUUUAAUCUUCCUUAUUUAUUUCAAGUUAUUACAGUAUGUCUCUAUAUACAUAUUUAUGUAUUUUUCUUUUUUUUUUUAUCAAUUUUUGUCCAAAAGGGGGGGCAUUUCAAUUUCUCACACACACUUGUUAUUACAUAUGUAGGCCAGAGAGGGAGCACUUCAAUUUUUUACACACACUUGUUAUUUCAAAUGUUGACCAGAGGGGGAGCACUUCAAAUUUUUACACACACUUGUUAUUACAUAUGUUGACCAGAGGGGGAGCACUUUUAAAACCGACACACAGUCAAUUUGAAAAAUCCCUUCUUUUUGGGACCACCCUCAUUUUGAUAGAUGUCACCACCAGGGGGUGCAAAUGAGAUCUCCAUUUUUUUUGUUUUUUGUGAUGUGCUUAGCUGCCGCCUUGUUUCUCCAUAUAUUGCUGCCUUUGCACCUGUCAAUGUUUACUUUUGUAUGCACAUUAAACCAACAAAAAAAAUCCUGACUUUGGAGCAAUGUUCACGGACUCUAGUAUUUGGCUCUCUAUUAGAUGCAAUGGUUUUCCGUAUUGGGACCAUGAUUUAUGUCCUAACUUGUCCACACCUCCUCAUAUGGAAGCUACUUUUCCUUGUUGCUGUCUCAAGAAGCAUAGAAAUACAAGAACACACACACACACACACACAUUCUUGUAUUUCGUACCUUCUUGAGACCUGAGAAAAAGGCCUACCUCUUUAGGACCACCCUUUCUAGAUAUAUACAGAUUUGUAUUUACAACAUUAAUAAUAUAUACAUAGUAUGUAAAUAUAAAAAAAGUAAGCUUUUAGUAAUUUUGUUGUUGUUGAAUUUUUUUGUUUGU